UUAUGUAUAUUGGUCAACCCUAACCAGAUGAGAAAUCAGAAAUUCCUCCCCUCAACAAUCAACUACGACCCUUCGCUGUCUAUCUCUCUCUCUCUCAAAUCCGUCAACCACCGUAGACCUGCCGCCGACCACCGCAACCGCCCGACGUCCCUGGUAUUACCUGACCCCGUGUGUCGCUGCCUCAUCUUGCUGACCGGUGAAGACAACAUCGACCAUCCCGUCGCCCAAUGCCCCUGUAAGUAUAUUCAUUUAAUGGCUCCAAAAGCUCGUAAAGAGUUUUUUUAUCAUCAACUAGAAGUGCUACGAGUAAAAGAAAAGUUGAUUCCACAAAAAAUCAAUUGUCGUCGACGUCAAGCGCUCUAA